UGAUGUAUCUGUAUAACUUGAUGCAUAUGUAUCCGGGCGGCGCUCAAGCCAGGACUCAAGCAUAGGAGCGACCCAUAACCAACUCCAUAUAGAAUGCCUAGAAUGCCUCGUGUUUCAUGUAGCAGAACCGUGAAAGCCUCUUUAUUGUAUUUUCAAUAAAACCCCAGUCUGUCAUCUCAACAA